GUGUGAAGACCAAGUGGAUGUUUAGGCUCCGUACCCUAUUUGGAAUUGGGUUCCUUGUGUCAGCACAAGGAGGCAAAGUCUUAUCCCAGAGGGCAUGCUCCCUCUCCCAGAGUCUCACACGCGCAGAGUCGUCCUGUAGAGCACUGCACAGCAUGUCACACCCAGUGAAGUAUCUCGGACAGAAAGAAGCUCAGGGCAUCGACGAGGAGCUCUUCUCCGACUACAGUUUCAGUGUGGACCAGCUCAUGGAGCUGGCUGGACUUAGCUGUGCAACAGCAGUGGCAAAGGCCUAUCCUGCUGAGUCUAUGGUUAAGGCAAGUCCCACUGUUCUGAUUAUCUGUGGCCCUGGGAACAACGGUGGAGAUGGCCUUGUCUGUGCAAGACACCUUAAACUGUUUGGUUAUGAGCCCACUAUACUGUACCCAAAGAGGCCAAACAAACCCCUGUUCAACAGCUUGACCAUCCAGUGUGAGAAGAUGGGCAUCUCCUUCCUUACUGAGAUGCCUGAGGAUGAGGUGAUCGAGGAGGCCUACAACCUGGUAGUGGACGCCAUCUUUGGUUUCAGCUUUCAGGGUGCAGUACGUGAACCAUUUGGUGCCAUCCUGUCCACACUGAAGAAGAUCACUGUGCCCAUUGCCAGUAUCGACAUCCCUUCAGGCUGGGACGUGGAGAAGGGAAGCCCAGACGGAAUCCAGCCUGACAUGCUCAUCUCCCUCACCGCCCCCAAACAAGCCGCCACCCAGUUCAGGGGACGCUACCACUUCCUGGGGGGCCGCUUUGUUCCCCCCGCCCUUGAGCAGAAGUACCAGCUCAACCUGCCUAAGUACCCCUCCACUGACUGUGUUUACCAGCUCAACUGAACUGACAGGGACUGUAAACAGGGUCAUUCAAGUCCCCAUGUUCCCCUGGGGAACAUGUUCUACUCCAUGGUGUAGGAAUAAAUCAUCAAAGAGUUAUCCUAAAUGAGUAUGAAGAGUGGUAAUUCUAAUGGAUUAUGUAAUUAUAAUGUAUGAAACUUUUUUCUCUCUCCCAGGUGUUUGGUUUGUGGUAGUUUUCAAUGUAGUUCGUUGACACUGGUCUUCAUGUUGCAUUCUGUGACUUCUUACAGAAGGCAUAUGCCAAAAAUAAAAUGAAAUACAUCUGCAA